UAAACACGCGUUUGGCAAGGGGUGGUUGUGAUAGUUAAUAAUCGAACUCAACACAAAUUCAUCAAGGAAUCCUCGUCUUCAGAGAGACUUCAUUACCAAUUCAUGCUUUGUUGAGUUUUCAUUCCUUACGCAGCCGUUACGGAAAGUAUUUGAUUGAUUCAUUCAUCGGAUUGUCUUUCGAAGUUGAUUUCUCUUUCUAGAAGUUUUCCUGAUUGGUAGACUCAACGCAUGGAGCGAGUAGAUGGAGAAUGAGGAAGGUGAGCUGCGAUCUGCAUCUCUUCCAUGGUUCUAUUUCCUCUUAAUUUGUCUAGGAAACGAGAUGACGAUGUCGAGAGAGAAGAAGGGGGAUAUAAGGCCUUUCUUAUUCAAAUUCGGCUUGACUGUUGCUCUUUCACUCGGCGGGAUUGUUUAUUCCGUCUUCAAAAACAAUCUGAAGAUUAAGCAAUCUCAAUCAUCUCCAGAUCCUGUUGAUUCAGAAGUGAGGAGAGCUGAAAAGGAAAUUGAUCAACGAUUGAAUCCAGUAGCUAUAGAGAAACAUGACGACUUGUCAGUUAAAGAGAACAUUUCAGUAAAUAAUUUGAUCGCGUCUCUAUCUCCAAGUCAUAAAUACAAUGAAGAGAAAGAUGAAUUCCUCAUUUCAGAGUUCAUGGAGCUAGUAAAAGAUUUCGAUGUCAUAAACACAUCUCAAUUGGAAAUAGAAACACGCGUGAUAAGAGAAGACUACGAAGAAGAGAUUAAGAAACUCAAAAACACAGUCAAUUUCCUCAAGGAGAAAGAGAGGUCAUUGGAGUUCCAAUUGCUCGAAUACUACGGCCUCAAAGAGCAGGAAAUUGCUUCCAUGGAGCUUAAAAACCGAUUGAAGAUAAAAAACACAGAGGCGAAACAAUUUGCUCUCAAGGUCGAAUUGUUACAGGAAGAUAACAGAAGAUUGAAGAGUCAAGUGGCUGAUCACACUAGAAUUGCGGUUGAGCUUGAUCUUGCAAUGAAAGAAAUCGAGUUUCUGAAAGGAAAGCUCAGGUCUAUAGAUGAACAUAAUAAGGAACAGCUUCGAGUUCUUAAGGAAAGAGUUCAAAAGAUGCAAGAAGAUGAAGCUAUUGUAGUAACAGAUGUUAAUACCCGAAUUAACCUUCAAAGGCUGAGUUAUUUGGAAGAGGAAGCUCAGAGUUUAAGGAUGUCUAAUCAGAAUUUGCUGCUCGAGAUUUCUGAUUUAUCUCAGAAACUCGAACACACUCAAAUGCUGGCUAACUCUGUUUUUGAGGAUACAACGGCAGAAGAAUUGAAGAAAGAAACAGACUAUCUAAAAAAAGAAGUGGAACAACUAAAAUCAGAUCGUUGUGCAGAUGCAGAAGAACUCGUGUAUCUAAAAUGGAUAAACGCAUGCCUACGAUACGAGCUAAGAAACUACCAGCCCGAGUCUGCAAACAAGACAGUUGCUAGUAACCUAAGCAUAACAUUAAGUCCUGAAUCAGAGGAGAAAGCCAAACAGCUAAUUCUCGAGUACGCAGAUAUGGAAGAAACUCAAAAACACUCAAACACAUGCGAGAAAGGAAUCAACAACAGCCUCUUCGAUUUCGAUUUUGACGGAUGGUCAUCUUCCUCACAAUCAAACAGAACAGAAUCAUCUUCAAUUGACAACAAAACAACCAGCUCUUCUUCUUCCACUAGGAUGAAAGUUAUUCGAAAGUUGAAAAAACUUCUAGAACUUGGAAAAACUAAAACAUCGAUGGAUUUAUCGAGGUCUUCCUCUGAUAUUCAAACGAUAACGAGGAGUGUGAAUGUGGAUAAUUUGGUUAUAGGACGAAGUAACAGCGACGUUGGACAGGGGGAAGAGAAAUUGGUGAAGUAUGCUGAAGUUAUAAGAGAUUCUUAUGGGGAAAUGACUUAUAAUAGAGUUAGAAGAGUAUCAUCUUCUGUUUCCUUCUGAGAAAUUAUUGAUGAUUAGUGUCGAUAAUGUUUGUUUGUAGAUACCCGAAAACCGACAGUUUGUUAGUUGGUACCUUAAGCGGUUUUAUUUUUAAGUCGUUUUUUAA